AUUGGGCCGCUCCCCGGGGGGGGGAUGGUUCCGGUUCCUGUCGGUCCUGACCCGGAAGUGACUCGUGAGGGCGGUGAGCAGGAGCGGAGCCACCAUGAGCCUGCUGAACAAGCCCAAGAGUGAGAUGACCCCCGAGGAGCUGCAGAAGCGCGAGGAGGAGGAGUUCACCACGGGGCCUCUCUCGGUGCUCACACAGUCAGUCAAGAACAACACUCAGGUGCUCAUCAACUGCCGCAACAACAAGAAGCUGCUGGGGCGAGUCAAGGCCUUCGACAGGCACUGCAAUAUGGUCCUGGAGAACGUGAAGGAAAUGUGGACCGAGAUUCCCAAAAGUGGGAAGGGGAAGAAGAAAUCCAAGCCCGUGAACAAGGAUCGCUACAUAUCCAAGAUGUUCCUGCGCGGAGACUCCGUCAUCGUGGUCCUGCGCAACCCCCUCAUAGCCGGGAAGUAGGGAUGGGCAUGGAGGAAUCCUCAUGGAUCGGCUGGGAUCCCUCGGGAUUGGAUGGACCCCCCCCCCCCCCCCCCGUCAGAUUGCAAGGAACCGGAUAGGAUUCAAUGGAAUCCACGUUGGGAUGGGAUGAACCCCUAUGGAUUCCUUGGGAUCCCCUUUGGGAUGGGAUGAAUCCCACUGGAUUCCUUGGGAUCCCCCUUGGAAUGGGAUGAACCCCAUUGGAUUCCUUGGGAUCCCCUUUGGAAUGGGUUGAACCCCACUGGAUCCCUUAGGAUCCCCCUUGGGAUGGGAUGAACCCCUCUGGAUUCCUUGGGAUCCCCUUUGGGAUGGGGUGAACCCCUCUGGAUUCCUUGGAAUUGGAUGAAUCCCUCUGGAUUCCUUGGGAUCCCCUUUGGAAUAGGAUAAACCCCUCUGGAUUCCUUGGGAUCCCCUUUAGAAUGGGAUGAACCCCUCCAGAUUCCUUAGGAUCCCCUUUGGGAUGGGCUGAACCCUUCUGGAUUCCUUGGGAUUCCAUUGGGAUGGGAUGAACCCCUUUGGAUUCCUUGGAAACCCCAUUGGAAUGGGUUGAACUCCCCUGGAUUCAUUGGGAUCCCCUUGGAAUGGGUUGAACCCCUCUGGAUUCCAUGGUACCCCCCCUUGUGCCCCCCCAGGGGGUAUUGGGGAGCUCCUGUGUGUGCGCAUGGGCAAUAAAGCCGGUUCCUCCCUC